GGCCAGAAUUUUUUUUCCUCACCGUGGCCCUAAAACUCCGUCGUAGUUUUCUGACAUUUAAUUUUUGCUUUUUUUUUUUCUCUCUCACUCCAGUAACAUUUUUCGUAUUUUUUUGAAACCACAUGAGUCAAUGACUACAAUCCCCAUAAUGCAUCGGUUUGGUCGUCGCCGAACAAAAACGCGGAAACAAAAGAGAAGUAAUCAGUUUGUCGUAACAAAUAACACCGAGUCGGUAUAAAGUGGGCGUAGUUGUCGCUGACAGCUGUCAAAGUUUAAAACGUAGCUUUCAACGACACCACCGAAGGAGUUGGCAUGGCUUUGAAGAGAAUACAGAAGGAGUUGAAUGACUUGCAGAGGGACCCGCCUGCCUCCUGUUCAGCUGGACCUGUAGGAGAAGACAUGUUUCACUGGCAAGCGACCAUAUCAGGACCGAAUGACAGUCCUUAUCAUGGGGGUGUUUUUUUUCUUUCUGUACAUUUCCCCACUGAUUAUCCCUUUAAACCACCAAAGGUCGCCUUUACUACAAAAAUCUACCAUCCAAACAUAAACAGCAAUGGCAGCAUUUGCCUUGACAUCCUGAGAUCACAGUGGUCUCCUGCGCUUACAAUAUCGAAGGUUCUACUUUCCAUUUGCUCUUUGCUAUGUGAUCCAAAUCCAGACGAUCCUCUGGUUCCUGAUAUUGCACACAUUUACAAAUCAGACAGACAAAAGUAUAACAAACUGGCCAGAGAAUGGACCCAGAGGUAUGCAAUGUGAUGGACCUUAAGA